UAUUUUAUUAUUAGCAAUAUUAGAUUUGUAAAAAUGAACUUAAUAAGACCAUUGACCGUUUUGGUGUAUUUCUUUUAUUUAUACUUGUUCUGGAAACUAGGUGAUCCUUUUCCUAUUUUAAGUCCAAAGAAGGGCUUUGGUGCUGUGAACUAUCCUUAUUCAUCGAUGGCAUAUUUUAUGCGGCCAGUUUCAUAUGCAGAUGUUCAAGUAAUAGAGAGACGAUUGCUUCAAACAAUGGAUAUGAUUGUUGCUAAAAAAAAACGUGUAGCUUUAGCCAAAACAGGGCAGGUUCAAACUGUACAGACUGAUUCGAGAUCGAGAUUAUGGGGCAUGUUAACACCCUUAGGUAACAUUAAAGGAAACCAAGAAAAUGUGAAGCAAUUACAACAAGAAGUAUUAGCUUUAGAGGAAUUGUCUAGACAAUUAUUUUUAGAAGCUCAUGAUAUACAUAAUGCAAGAGAACGUUUAGAAUGGGCUGCAACAUGGAAAGGGAAAUAUUUUAAUUUUCUUGGUUACUUUUUUUCAAUAUAUUGUUUGUGGAAAAUUUUCAUUUCUACGAUAAAUAUAGUUUUUGAUCGAGUAGGAAAGAAAGAUCCAGUAACUAAAGGCAUUGAAAUAGCUGUACAUUGGAUUGGUUUUGAUAUUGAUGUGACAUUUUGGUCUCAGCACAUAUCCUUUUAUCUGGUCGGCUGUAUCGUUGUAACUUCUAUUAGAGGAUUACUGCUCACUUUAACAAAGUUUUUCUAUGCAAUAUCAAGCAGUAAAUCUUCAAAUAUUAUUGUACUGAUACUUGCUCAAAUAAUGGGUAUGUAUUUCGUAUCAUCAGUGUUAUUAAUGCGUAUGAAUAUGCCAGCUGAGUAUCGUAUUAUAAUAACACAGGUGCUGGGCGAUCUGCAAUUUAACUUUUAUCACCGCUGGUUCGACGUGAUAUUCCUUGUCUCGGCACUCUCAUCUAUAGGGUUCUUGUACUUGGCACACAAACAAGCACCUACUGAACGCGUAUAAAUAAAUUGUAACAGAAAGCAAUAAUGUUAAAACAAAUUAAUACGCGUUGUAAUAUUUAGAUACAUGUUACUACUGCAUCUGCGUGUAAGAAAUAUAAAGAUGGUCUACGAAAUUCUAUUUUUUAUACAUUCCACGUAUAAAUUAUUCUAAUUACAAAU